AUGGCUGCGGCCGCGCUCUUGAAGACAGCCCGGUCUCUGGAUCAGAGCGGCCCCGAGACGACAGCGGCCAAGCUCGAGCGGUUUCACUGUGACUUCUACGCGUCUGAGGAGGUGGCGCUGCGGUGGAUGCUCAAGAACACGAGCGGCUCGUCGGCCGAGGCCGAGACGCUUCGCCGGUGGCCAUUGACGUGGCACAUCUUAGGCUGUCUCUUUAGGCGCAUUCCGCUCUUCACGCUGGCCAAGACGCUGGCCGACCGACGCUUUGUGGCGGUGCUGCAGCAGACGGCGUUGGAACUGGGCGGGAGGCCGAAGGCGAGCGAGAGCGAGAGUGAGAGUGAGAGCGAGAAUCCCCGGAAGAGAAAGAAGUGGCAGGCAGUCAGAUUCGACCUGGAGGCGCUGCAGAAACCACGGCAGCGGGUGUUGUCGGCAGGGGCACUCUUUGGGGCGCUGCGCGUUCUAUUAGGGCGUCUGGACGAGGUCAAGACGGCGUCUUGGAGCCAGGGGAGCCUGUACGCUUCGCACGACCGGAUCGGGGCCGAGCAGAUCAAGUCGUUCUUCUGCACAUCGGGCACCGAUGCGAUGACGCUGCUGGUGCCUCUGCUGCAGGUGUGCCGACUGGCUCUGACGACGAGGGACGACGGUGACAAAGAGAACAAAGACGACGACGACCAGGCGGGCUGGAUCACGACCUUUUCGGCUCUCUGGGACCUCCGGCUGCAGAGCCCGACCGACGCGCCAGCAGUAGCCCUGAACAUGACGCUGGAAGGCUGCAGCAUGCUGCGUGAGCUGCUCGCUGUGCCUGGCGCAAAGGGGCGGCAGUGCUGGGCGGCGGGCCUGCAGCGGUUCCUGACCAACAACAUGGUGCUACCGGCGCGUUCGGCCUAUCUGAACCACAAGGACCUGCACACACUGGAGCUUGCGUGCGACAAGCUCAAGGGCCACGAGGUCUUGUUGCCGGUGCUGUUCCUGCUGGCGGUCCAGGCGCCACGCAUGGUUGGUGGUGGUGGUGGUGGUGGUGCGGCAGCGGCGACGAGCCGAGACAACGAGCGGUGGCUGCAGGUGGUCUUUGACGCGAUGCAGCAGCCGCUACUGCCAGCCGUGCAGGGGCGCAACUCAAUCCUGGCCAGGCUGCUGGACCUGGCGGCACAGCACGAGGCCUCGCCGGCCCGCGAGAGCCUACAGGCAGUGUGUCGGCGGGCGGCUAUGGCUUCGAGCAAGGACGAGGGUCGAGGGACGACAGACUGGGGUCUGGUGGCGUCGGUGGCUCGCUGUGAUGCCGACGCGUUUCUGGUGGCGCCGGCUGGCGAUCAGCUGCUGGACGACCUGCUGCAGGACCUGGCGACGUGUCGGCCGACGCUGGCGGCUGACCGGCAGUCCGUGUCCAUCUUUCUGGUCGCACUCGCACGGGGAUCGGCCAAGGCCCACAGCCUGCCGGCUUUUAUCGGGCGUUGGUGUACAGGUCUCAGCCAGAGCGGCGACGACAACGUCUGGCUGGAUCGAGCCAUCCGUACGGCCGUGGCCGACGUGCUGCAGACGGCGCUGACGAAGACGCAGCUGCUGGAGCUGCUAGACCAGCUGGACGGAGCCUCGGCCGUGUGCAGGCUGGUGGUUCUGGACGCCGUCGGUGCGGGCAUCCGGCUCGAAGAGUACGAGGACGCCGUGGGCAGCCGGAUGGCCGAAGCCGUGGUUGGCGCGGACGUGUCUCUAGUGGUGUCUAGUUCGAUUCGGGCGAUUCGCUGGCGUCUGAUCCGGCGGUCGCUCGGCUGGCUGGACCCGGCUGCGGCCAUGAGCCUCUGGAUGGCCGUGCAGAAGCAGCUGGCCAAAGAAGAAACGGCGAUGCUGGGCGAGCUCACGUUUGAGGCGCUCGUCUGCGCGUUUGCCUUUUGGAUGGCGCUGAAGAACAGCAGCGGCACGGCCGAGCAGGACGCUCGCAACCUCACCUGGGCGCUUUUUGGUCAGUUUCAGGGCGCACUGGCUGGUUUGGUGGACGAGGCCGAUCAAACGGCGGUCCGGCUGGAGCUGACACAGCGCGUGGCUGCGCACGACGACAGCAGCUGCUUCGACUUUGACUCCCGAGCGGCCACGCUGGCGACGUACCUGGCCUGGAUGCUGUGUGGCUCGUCGCGUUUUGUCGAGUAUGUAUUCCCGUUUCUGGCUCUGUUUCCGGCUAUGACUGACUCUUCGGUGUUGUGUUAUAGCGAGAUGACGAGGAGCAGCAAGGAGCGGUCGGUGGUGGUGUUGGACCUGUUGUUGCCGUGGCAGUCUGGGGCUGUCCUGACGCUGGACGACAAGGCUGCCGGCAUGAUGACGGAGCGGUACAUCCGGCAGCUGGAAGAGGCCAGUCGUCCCGGCGGACAGCAGUGGCUUGAGGCGACCGGCGGGCUCUUGCGCACGCCGGCAAGUCUGCUGCCCCGUCGCCUGCGCGAGCGCGUGAUGUCGGCGCUGCUGCCGGGCGAGAAGCCAGUCAGGGACCAACUGCAUAUGUCGGUCGAGGACGCCGUGGUGGUGCUGGAUUUACUGAUCCGCGUGACCCGAGAGCGAAUGGCCGGCGACAUGGACCUCGACCGACUCGUAUGGCUCGGGAUGGUGGUCGAGGCCACGGCCGCGUCUGUGGCCCUGCCGUCUGCUCUCGGGCUCAUGGACCGGUACCGCUGCAUCGUGGUGGCGGUGCUCCAGCACAGCUUGGGCGAGGCCAUGUUCGAGCGGGUCUCGUUUUGGGUGGCUGCUGACAAAGCAUCGGCUGUGCUGCGACUCAUCUUGUUGCAGGCCGUCCUGCUGGCCACAGCGAACACACCGGCGGCCAGCAAGCUUGGCGUGGCACCGGUAGAACGGGCCCGGGAGGCGCUGGCCGGACUUGUCGUUGCCGUGCUGCGACAGGCGCUGGAGAACAGCAGCAGCAGCACGGUGCAGCUUCUGCUUGCUUUUGACGCCAUCUUGGCCGACGACCUGCCGGACAUGCAGCCGCAGCUGGAGCAGCAGGGCUUGGCAUCGCUGGCUGGCCCGAUGCAGACGAUGGCCAGGCGGCUGUGCAGCCAGAACGACAAGGUUGGCUGGAAGUGGAGGGCACUGAUGGCACGGUAUUUGUGCAACGAUGACAAAUCUCGGCGCGAGCUGCGCUUUCCGGGGCUCUUUGUGGACGAGCGACCGGAAGAGGACGACGGAGAGACGAUCGCCUGGACGGCCGCCUCGGUGCUCGUGGACAGCGACCUGCUACAAACCUACCUCGUCAACGAGACGCGCAGCUACAGCCAAGAGUCGCUGUUGUCGUACAUCCAGGAGCUCGUGGAGGAUGACAAAGACAAAAAUAAAACAUCCACAUCGACCGUCGGCCAGCUUCUGGCCAUCCAGCACCUGCUCGGCCGGCUGCUGGCCCAGCCUGGAGCUGCUUCCAUCAGGACCGAUGAUGGCCGCUUCGACCUGGCCGUCGUGCACAGCCGCCUGGCCGAAAGGCUGCCGCGAGCUGCUUCGGUGACGGAGGCCCGGCUGCUGGGCCAGACGCUGCGCGCGCUCCUGCUGGACGACCGUGCCGGCGCUGCCGCCAUGGGGCAGUGGAACGUUGACGGCACGCUGAGUGCUGUGGCCCUGGCCGUCGCUCUAGACGGCCGCAGCGACGACAGCGUGCGAUCUUCUGCCGGCAUGUUUGCUGUCGCCUGUCGUCUCGUCGAGGCUGUCCUGAAACGCCACCGACUCCGGCUCGAGGGCCGCUUCCACCUCGUCGUCGCCACGCUGCAGGCCCUGCUCACCCGGCUGCUCCAAAAUGGCGGAUGUGUCUUUUGGACCCCUCAGGCCACCCAAUUCGCCCGCCUGCUCGAACUCGUCUGCGAGCCCUCGACCGCUGCCGUCGCCACCAUGACUCGGCGCGGUCCCGCCGGUGCCUCUCUCACCGCUGCCGCACCCGUGCUCCAUUCGGCCACCGAGGCCGCCCGCCGCUCUGCCGGCCAGCACAUGUACCUCGUUCUCAUGGCCUACGUCAAGCUGCAGAUCGACGGCGCUGUCGUCGUUCGCGACCUGCGCGACGCCCUCGAGCCCGGCCUCUUCUCUGUCCUCGGCGUCACCUCUGACGAGACCCGCCGCCUGCUCAACGAUGCCGUCGAUCCUGCCGGUCGCGCCCUCUUCCGCGACCUCUACCGGCGCUGGCUGCAGUUUGGCAAGUGGAAGGGCGUGUGA